AUGGCGUUUAUCGGACCGAGGAAUAGCGCGCCAGUCAUCAGGGACAGUCUCAACACGCCGGCGUAUGAGAUCAAAUUGGAGACCGUGUUAGGACUGACUGUCAGUAGUAACGCGGCUCUCGACUGCGAUCCCAACACCGAGAUUGUAGCCUAUCCAGCAGGAUGUACGGUGGUGCUGUACAACGUGCGCAAGAAUCGGCAGGCUCACGUACUGAACGCGUCGCGCAAGAGCGUAACCUGCGUCGCCUUCUCGCCAGACGGCAGGUACCUGGCGACCGGCGAGUGCGGCCACGCGCCCGCCGUCCGCGUCUGGGACCUUCAGGAUCCGUCCGCUUCGGGAGCAGUGCAGAUAGCGGAGUUUCCCGGACACACGCACGGUGUUAAUUGCGUUGCCUUUUCGACUUCAUCGAAGUAUCUAGUCUCAGUCGGUUCCCAACAUGACAUGAUCGUAAAUGUUUGGGACUGGCGUGCCAACCUAAAGCUUGCGAGUAAUAAGGUAUCGUCGCGCGUGAAGGCCGUCAGUUUCUCGGAGAGCGGCAAUUAUUUCGUGACGGUUGGCUUUCGGCAUGUCAAGUUCUGGUAUUUGGAGUAUUCGAGGAAUGCCAAGUUCAAGGAGCCGGUGCCUCUCAUGGGGCGCUCCGCGAUCCUCGGCGAGCAGAAGGACAACGAGUUCUGCGAUGUGGUGUGCGGCCGCGGCUCGGCUGCGGACAGCACCUACGCGAUCACGAGGGGCGGCCUCCUGUGCGAGUUCAACGGGCGGCGCUUGCUCGACAAGUGGGUCGAGCUGCGGACUACGUCGGCGAACUGCAUGGCGAUUGGAGCGAACUACAUAUUCGUCGGUUGCGCCGAGGGCAUUGUGAGGUGCUUCGCCCCCGACUCGCUGCGGUACAUCACUACGCUGCCGCGCACCCACUACCUCGGCGUCGACGUGGCGCAGGGCGUAAAUAUCAACCACAUGUUCACGCAGCCGGCGAACGCGCGCUACCCGGACGCUAUCGCCCUCACGUACGACGAACGCAACCACAAGCUCACCUGCGUGUACAACGACCACAGCCUGUACGUGUGGGACGUGCGCGACAUCAAACGGGUGGGGAAGUCGCACUCGGCGCUGUACCACUCGGCGUGCAUCUGGGGCGUGGACAUGGUGUCAGCGGUGGGGGAGAGGCAGGCGGGGGGAGGGUCGCCCCUCCCCCCGGGCAGCUUCCUCACCUGCUCCAGCGACGACACGGUGCGCGUGUGGAACCUCAAGCCCGCCGGCCCCAACAUAUACAGCAAUGAGCUGAAUAAAAUAAUAUACAUCGACCCUGAGUUGAAGUUCCUGAAGGAUGUGGACCUGACUGCCACCAGCGAUAAGGACAAAUCCAAGACCUAUGACGAUAAAAUCGGAGUCAGGUGCGUGCGCGUGUCGCCGUGCGGGCGGCACGUGGCGGCGGGCGACCGCGCCGGCAACGUGUGGGUGCACUCGGCGGAGGGCGCGCCGCUGCACACGCUCGAGGCGCACGACGCGGAGGUGCUCUGCCUCGAGUACGCGCCGCGGCCGCGGCUGCUCGCCUCCGCGUCGCGCGACCGACUAGUGCACGUGUUCCUCGUGGACCGCGGUUACCAAAUACUGCAGACUUUGGACGAGCACUCAUCCUCGAUCACCGCGGUGCGCUUCCUCAGCUCCAGUUCUGGGCUACAGAUGGUCUCUUGUGGUGCGGACAAGACCAUACUUUUCAGGCAACUCAAAACCACUCAAGAUGGCAGUUACCAAUUCGCGCGGGGGCAAAACGUUUCUGGACGCACGACGCUAUACGAUAUGGAAGUCGAUGCGGGCGGUCGACAUAUACUUACAGCUUGUCAGGAUCGCAACGUCAGAGUUUACAGUGCUGCGCAUGGAAGACACACAAAGACCUUCAGAGGUACAACUGCUGAAGAUGGUACACUUAUUAAGGUCGCUUUGGACAACAGCGGCAUUUACCUAGCUACCUCAAGCACGGACAAGAUUCUCAGCGUCUACGAUUAUUAUUCGGGCGAGUGCAUGGCUACCAUGUACGGGCAUUCGGAGAUAGUCACUGGAUUAAGGUUCACUCCGGACUGCCAGCACUUGGUGUCGGCGAGCGGUGACGGUUGCAUAUUCGUGUGGCGAGUCCCGCACGAUAUGGUUGUCACGAUGCGGGCGAGGCUGGCGCAGCAGGCGAUACGGCAGGGCAGGAAAGUGGCGCCCUCUACGAACGGCGCGUCCGGCCUAGACAGCGAGACGGACUCGCAGCUGGGAUCGCCGCCACGCGAGUUGGUCCAAGCCAGUAAAUUCGGAACACCAGUGGUCGCCGAUUACACAUUGCGGAUUGGGAAAUUGCCCUCGUGGGCCAAGAAGAGCUUGGGCGACGAGCUUGUCGCGCCCGAAGCGCCCCCCACGCCCGCCGCGCCCGCCCCCCCAGCGCGUGGCAAGUGGGCUGCCAGGAUACAGCCCGCCCCCGAGAAACGGGUUGAUUCCGACGGUUCCAAAGACAGCUCAUUAGACAGUGGGACAGACACUAGGUAUAUUGAGAAAAGAAGAGACCAAAGCGCUAAGCAGAGGCCGAAAUCGCUCAACUUGUCACAGCUGCCGCGAGUCGAGGCCCUAUUCCGUCACUUUGACGCCACUAUGAAAACCACGUACGACAUUUUGACAAUAUCUCCAAGAGUCGAGAAGGUUACGUUAAAUAUGUCCAAAGCGCGCCCCGCGGAGGCGCGCGUCCGCCACCAUACCGACGACUCGUCUCUCGGCAGUUUUAAAUACGAGGAUCAGGAGUCAACGGAGCACGAUGGUGACAUUGAGGACAUUUCGGACGGCGAAAGGACCUCAUCCUCCGAGAGGGGUAACAGGCCCACCUAUUAUCCUGGCAACAAUAUUGACGAGACGCCCGGGGAGUUCAUGGUGAACGCAAUGGACGCCGAGGAACUUAGGCAGUCGGUGCGCCGCUCGAAGCGGUGGAAGGCGGAGUCGCCGAGACUAGAGCUGCCCCCCGUCGCCACUUCCCUCAGCGGCUCAGGCCACGACUCGGACGAGGACGAGGUGUCGACGCCCUCCGGUGACAACGCGGACCGCAACCCGCUCUCCGGCUCCUGCGAGUCGAUCGACACGGCGGGGCGGCGCGAGAAGUAUCUCAAGUCGGCCUUCGACAGCCUCAGCGGUGUUGAGCUGGACUCCACGCUCACUGGAGGUGAAAGGCACAAAACGAAACUAGACUGCAACACGUCACUCUCCGCUCAGCAUCUGUCGCGGGCGCCGGCGCCCCGUUCCGAUGCCGACGCGCGACGACGCGAGGAGCUGCAGAGGAGGAUCCUGGAGACCAGGCGCCAGCUGGAGAACGUCGCGUUUCGUUCAAACCUCAAAUCGAGUCAGUCCACUACGGACUUGUCCUAUAUACCGGAGAAGGACAAUUCCCGUCGGAACAGGCCUGUCUCGAUGGCAGUGCCAAGCAAUACAAGACCUUAUGGAGUCUCGAAUCUCCCCUUUUAUCCCGAAGAGAGCUCAGACAGUCUUAACUUCUUCGACAGUCUGAAUCCGUACCCGAAUAUGAGCUUGGACUAUCGCAACAAGAACCCUUACGCCAUCCCCGCUAACAUAAAUCACAGAAUAAUGCCCGAAUACUUCGAGAACAUUGCGCCAUACAUACCACCCCACGCUGGCGCGGUACAAAAUCAAAACGACAAGAGAAACUUCAACUACGCGCCAUACAAUAAAAAGCCGGUCGUGUUCAAAGAACAAUUGCCCCAAAAGCAGCAACCGCUUGCGUUCACCAUAGACAUCUCAAACAAACCGGUGCUAUCCAAAGUCUUCAACAGACUGUUUCCAGCCAACGCAAGCGAUGAAAAAGACACACCGCCGAAAGUGCCGCCGCGUAACUUUCAUCUUAAUUUGACCGAUAAACCUCAACCUAAGUUGCCGAAGCCGAACUCUAGGAGCAUAUUUAAAAACUACAAAUCGUGCCCUGUGUCACCCGUCUCUGAGGAGUGCAAGUGGGCUGAUAAGGUCAUGCAGAACAAUCAAAACCAGAAUAGCGGUAAGCCACAAAAUGGCAAUUCUGAUCCGAAGAAAAGAAACUCCCUAAGUUUCUUCGUCGGCCUGGACAAUCGAGCUAAAGAAAGCGGUAAAAGUAUUGUUAACACUAUAAAGAGCGACACGGAAAAGAUGAUAGCAGAAAUUACGAGAAAGUAUGGUGAUUUAGACGAAUACGAAACAAACGAUCGGGGAGAUUUAGAUCUGCAACCUACGAGGGAUGUCGAAGAUAAAGACGAUGGGAACUUUUCCUCCGACUCUCUGGAGGAUUGUAGCCUUAGCCAAGAUGUAAGCUGCAAAAAUAAACUGUACUCAAAGAAAAUUUGUAAGAAACACACAAAAGCCAACGCUAUGCCCCGUCGUGCCGUUUCAAACUACGAGAUUUAUACUUCUCCAUACGGUACUAUGGAGAAGCCAGCCGUUCCUAUCAAGCCGCCUUGCAUAGGUCAGAAGAGUUCGACCCUGCCCAGGAAUAUGCCGUCGAACUUCGAUGACGCUAUGGAUGGAAAUUAUACAAAUAGCACUAAGAAUAACAUGUAUAGAUGCCAAAGCGUUCUAACUAAGCGAUGCAUCACGCGUUCUAAUGAGUCCGUGCUAAGUGACAAUUCAAACUGCUCAAGCGUGUCUAAUGAAAUAUUUUUGAAAUACGGUAACGAAGUCGCGUUCCAGCAAGCGAAAUUCGACAGCCGAUACAAUCUAAACGAUUCUCAAAAUUGCUCUUUAGAGAAUUUGAACGAACCCGACGACCAAUAUCUCGAAAAUCAUAGACACAGUAGCGCCAGCUUCUUCCUUAAUCAGAAAAAGUACAUGAAAACUAGUUGUAGCCAAGAGUCAAUGCUAUCGGAUGAGAUGUAUUUAGACAAUGAUAAUCAACUUUCAAGAACUAACUGUAAUUCGCUCGAAAGUGUACUCUCAGAUGACUCGGAAUGCACUAAAAGUGCACCAUUGGAAAUGCUCUUCGAGGGUGCCAGGACCACUCGUCACACCCAUAACCAGCCAGUUGGGGUACCGCGAAAUAGUAAAAGUUGUUACGAGUUCGAUAACGGUUCUAAAAGCUAUGGAUCUAGUCCUAACAACGUCUCGUAUAUGGGAGGUUAUAUGUAUAACAAUUAUUUGGGUGAAAGUAGUUCAAAUUAUAGAGACGUCGUCGUGAGUCCAAAACCAUCAGUUAGUAAAGUAUAUGGGUUCGAGGUACCAACUGUAGAGAAUCCUAGCCAUAAACCUGUGACGAGAUCUAAAAGUUUAUAUGACUCUGCCUCAAAACAAGGUCCUCCGCCGGCAAAGAGUAUUGCCUAUUAUUUUGAUGGAAACAAUGUACAGCAGUACGCAAAAGACAAAAAAAGCGCCGAUGAAAUACCACGUCUUAACACCGGUGAUUAUAUGGCCAAUACGAGCAAGUCUUUACAACCGAAAUUUGCAGAAAAACAUAAAUAUUUAAGUAAGAUGGAGGGUUGUGAGCAGAAUACGAUGGUUAAGUCAAAGAGUUGCAGUUUUGAAGUGGUUUUGGAACCAGCUUCCAAACCGAAUCCUCUUAAAAACCUCAUGGAAAAACGUAACUCGCACGUACAAAAAAAUCUCGAGAAAUUUGAAGAGCAGAUACGGAAGAAUAUUCAAACGAAAGUAAACAAAAACCAACUUAACAAAGAGAAAGCCAAUGCUGUCAAAUAUAACAAUACAACAAAGAGUCUUGAGAGGGGAUCAGGGCAAAAGAAUAACAAUGUUAAAAUUACUAUGGAAUUUGUUCCACACAAACCACCAAAACCAGUCAAAAGAACGGCUUCAGUAAAAAUGAAUAAUCGCCUCAAGGCUGGUUUAGACAAAGGUACGCUGAGUUCAUCUAUAUCGUCGCAGUAUAAAGCCAAAUUAGAUGGCCUGCAAAAUAAAAACUACAAUUCCAAUAAAAAGCAAGAAGACGCUAAUUCAAAUAAGGUUGACAACACAGAUAGCUCUGAAAGAUCAUUUGAUGUAUUUGUUAAAGAAAGGGAUAUUAACGAAAAUAAAUCAGAAAUACAAAUGGACAGUUUAGAGGUGUAUGCAAUUCAAAGAAUGGAAAGAAUGCAUCAUGUUAGCAUGGACUCUUUAGAUGUAAUUGAUGACAGCCAAAACGAAUUUUCUAAAGACUCUUUAGAUUAUUAUUCUGAACAAGAUAGAAAAAAUGCUUCCGUAAAAACCACUAAAAAUCAUAUGAACCGCAGAAUUUCGAAAAUUGAUAAUGAAAUGCCGUGUCAUAGUCGACAAAAUAUAGAGGCGAAAGAAAAUAUAGCUCCACAAGACAUAACUGAUGAAGUAAAGAAAUAUAAAUAUAUUGAGCGUAAACUGGAAAUUAUUAACAAAUUAGUUGAAAUGGAGGAGCGAAAGAUACUACAAGAGAAAAUAUUAAAGGAAUGGCGAAUGAGACCACUUAAAGCUAAUAUAAACGACGGCAAAGGCGUAGUGAAGGUUUUAUCGAGGAAAUUUGAAAAGUUGGCAACAAAACAGAAUACUGUGUCGAACUUCGCAUCACUCACGUUGGAUGAAGCUGACACCGAUACUGACACGAAUUCUGAAAACAAGGAGAUUAAGCGGAAUCUCAGUCUCCCCGACAUACUUGAUUCAGAUCACAUCGGUGGCCUAGUCACUGUUGACAUUGAGGUCAGCAACGACGCUGGCAACGAAGCGAUCGAAUUAGACCACACUGAAUCUGCCCAAUUGAAUAACACGGUACGCAGUGAACUCAUAGCCGCACCGAAGUCCUUGCCGCAGCGAGUUUACAAUGAAAUGGUGAUACCGAAAACAGACGUGCACUUGGACAGUGAAAAUUACGAAUCCUCGACAACGAGUUCUAGUUGUGCGAACUCGCCGAAAAGACUGUCAAUGUAUGGCUUCCACAGGCCUAAAGUGCCGUUGAGGCGGAUAAUUCGUGUACCCGGCCCUCGCUUUUGCACGGAUAACCAUACAUUUUCGUCCGAAUGUAAAAUAAGACCGGUGUUGGGCUCCGGGGGUGGCGCAAGGAGUUCCUCGUGUCUGUCUAGAAAGAUGUCGUUCCAAACUCCGGUCCUGCCGUCGAAAUUUUCACCAGUGCAAGCGAAUCGCACGCACCUCUCGCCGUCGGACCACGAAGGGGAAGCGACGGGUAUGAGGCGGGCGAUAUCCCUCUCCGACCUCGCGAAGCCGGUGCCGGCGCCGAGGACGCCGCAAGCCGCCUCGAAAGCGACGACGCCGGCCAGUGCGAACUCUAGCAAGUCGCCCAGCGGCUUCGUGCGGCCCGCGCCGCGCUACAACAACAAGUCGAACAUGACGAGGAGCUCUAGCGUCGGCGUGCUGAACAACCAAAGCGACUCGGAGUCAGAUCCGCAGCCUACUCGGCAGCAGCCAUCGCGCUCCCAAGGCCUGAUGCGGCCUACCAUCAGUUCCAUGAACAAGGCGGCCGCGAACACAGCCAGGCGGCGGGGCCUAGCUAACUCUUACAGCACAGCGAGCGUAUCGACGGCCGCGCGCGAGGAGUCCAGCUCCGAGGCGGAGGACAGGGCCGGCGAGCAGCCCACCGCCGCCCCUCGCCCCAGGGCUGCCUCCGCCGACAGGGCGCAGAGGAGGAUCGGUCGCAGUGGCAGCGAAAGGGACUUGUCGGCGAAGGCGCGAGAAGUGACCGCACGGCUGGCGACCAACUCCCGCCAGAGGAAUAAGCAGGAGACGCCCCAGGAGCAGAACCUGUCACCUUCGCAACUCUGCUCGGCACUGACGGAGCAGUUGACGAAGACCGCCGGCAAAGUGGUACAUUUGUACAGGAGGCUGCAGAGGGAGCCAAACGCCGCCGCCGAUAUAAGUGGUCUAGAAGCGGCCAUACUGGAGACUCAGAAAGUGCUCCGUAGCGCAGUGAUGCGCUCGCAGAAUGGGGGCGAAGCCCUAAGCAGCCUGUCGUCCACCGACGGCGAUUACAGAGGCCUUAACGUGGACUCGACCAGGCAAAAGUUGGAGAACCUUGUUUCUAAAGAAGCGACCGCAGCUGGUAACCCGGCGAUGUCUCUCAUCGAGCAAUACUCCGACAUCCUACUUAACAUGAUGCAGAGCAAAAUGGUCAAUCAGUUCUCACAAAGCCCACAAAGUCUGCCGCCGAACACGAGGGAACCCGGCGACGAGAGC